AGGUUUCAUCGCCAUUGUGAGGACAAAAAGAGGAGGGGCGGGGGUCCUGUGGGGGAGUCAAGCACCGAGUGUUGAGGUGAGGCAGAGCUCAUCAUUCCGUAGGCUCGUUAAGCUGCACAGCUCCUCGGAUUCUACUGAGACCAACCCCCUUCUGUGAGAGCUCCGUCAGACGCUCCUGUGCUGGACCGCAGUGUCUCUGUGCUGCUUCAACCUCUGUGACGCGGAUGCAACAAGACCCUGCACCCAAAACUUUAUCAUUUGAGGUUUGGAAUAAAGUGCCAACAGUAUGCCUAAACAAGUGGAGGUGAGGAUGCACGAGAGUCACCUGGAGCCCAUCGAGGCUCGGCCUCAGUCCAAAUGUGCCAGACUGUGUUCCAAGAUGUUCAAGAACCUUCUGCUCACUCUCACCGUCCUUGGUGUGAUCUUGGGAGCGGUGGCAGGGAUGUUGCUUCGUGUUGCCUCCCCAAUUCACCCGGACAUCGUCAUGGUGAUCGCCUUUCCUGGAGAUAUCCUCAUGAGGAUGUUGAAGAUGUUGAUUCUGCCUCUUAUCAUCUCCAGUUUAAUCACAGGUCUAGCAGGUUUGGAUGCAAAAUCCAGUGGGCGUCUGGGCACCAGGGCGAUGGUCUACUACAUGUCCACCACUAUAAUUGCCGCCAUCUUGGGAGUCAUCCUGGUGUUGGUCAUCCACCCUGGCAAUCCCAAACUGAAGGAAAACCUGGGAGAGGGCGAGAAAAACGACGAUGUGUCCAGCUUGGAUGCCUUCUUUGAUUUGAUCAGGAACCUGUUCCCCGAGAAUCUGGUGCAGGCUUGCUUUCAACAGAUCCAAACGGUGACAAAGAAGGUGGAAGUGGUUGUUGAGGAGAAUGUCAACGCCACCUCCGUGGAGGGCUUGUUGGCAAAUAUUACCAAGGAGCCUCAGUUCGUCGUCAAAAAGUCCCUGCAGUUCAAGAGUGGCAUGAAUGUUCUGGGUUUGAUUGGUUUCUUUAUUGCUUUUGGCAUCUGUAUGGGCAAGAUGGGCGAGAGGGCCAGACUGAUGAUUGAGUUUUUCAACAUCCUCAAUGAGAUCGUGAUGAAACUUGUCAUCCUGAUCAUGUGGUAUUCCCCCUUUGGUAUUGCCUGUCUGAUCUGUGGUAAGAUCAUCUCCAUCAAAGACUUGGAGGUGGUGGGCAGACAACUGGGCAUGUACAUGAUCACUGUGAUCGUUGGCCUCAUCAUCCAUGGAGUUAUCUUCCUGCCCAGCAUCUAUUUCGCCAUUGUCAGGAAGAACCCUUUCAAAUUCUUCUUGGGUAUCUUCCAGGCCUGGAUCACUGCCCUGGGAACUGCCUCCAGUGCCGGCACGCUGCCGGUCACUUUCCGCUGUCUGGAGGAGAAUUUGGGAAUUGACAAAAGAGUCACUCGUUUCGUGCUUCCGGUCGGUGCCACCAUCAACAUGGACGGAACUGCUCUGUACGAGGCCGUUGCUGCCAUCUUUAUUGCCCAGAUGAAUGGUAUCCACCUGGACCCUGGUCAGAUUGUCACUGUCAGUCUCACAGCUACACUCGCCAGUGUUGGAGCUGCCAGUAUUCCCAGUGCCGGACUGGUGACCAUGCUGUUGAUCCUGACUGCUGUGGGGCUGCCAACCCAGGACAUCAGUCUGCUGGUUGCUGUUGACUGGCUGCUGGACCGGUUCAGGACCUCUGUGAAUGUGGUUGGAGACUCGUACGGUGCAGGCAUCGUGUACCACAUGUCCAAGGCGGAGCUUGACGAGCUGGACGCGCAGGCGGCUAAAUCGGACGACAUCGAAAUGAUGACGAAGACCCCGUCUUAUUACGACGACAUGAAGAACCACCACGAAAACAAUUCCAACCAGUGCGUCUUAACGCCUACCGCAAAUGCUAACCCUUCUGUUGUAGUAGAUGAAUGCAAGGUAACCUCGGCCACAAACGGCUCUGCAGCGGAGUGCACGCUUGUUGAGGAGGAACCAUGGAAACAUGAAUAAUGGCAGCAAAGUGAUCCCCCUGCCCCUGGGCUCCUCAAGCUUUCCUAUAUGGUGAAAAAUAGGAUUGAAUGGAAAAAAAAAAAAAAAAAAAAAAACGUCACGUGAACAGACCUACUAAUUGUUUAUUAUGUAGUCUAGUUUUCAUUUUUAUUAGUCCCUUUAAGAUGUUUUUGUAACUGUUUCUCUGACUGAUAUAUCUACAGUAUACCACUAAUUCACUUAACCGUGAAAUGAUAACAGCACAAUUAUGUCCUUAAUAGCAGACUCUUGCACAACACACUUCAAGACUGAGGGAGGGAAGGGAAAGAACAAAACAAACCUUACUACACACUACUGCUAGCAAUAGAUUCCACUUCUGCUUUUCUACUAAGCACAAACCUCAAAGCGUCUCAGAGGAAUGGGGAUUUAAUGGAGGUUGUCAUGGCGACCGCUUCCUUCCUUUUCUUCCUUUCUUUGUAGUACCAUCACAAGCACACCUGCCAACAUCCUCGCUUCAUUCUCGGCAUGCACCUGGCUACAUUUCACCUAAUAUUACCCAGAAUUCCUGGGGAAGCCACAAAUUGAGUCAUGCCGACAUGAGAAUUUUCACGAUGGAACAUUUAAGCACAAUGUGUUCUUGUUUCGUUUACUAUACCCUCGAAAAAGGGACAUUUUUCUCCUGUGUUCGACCUCUGUGUGUGUCGGUGUGUGAACGUGUGUGUGUGUGUGUGUGCGUUCGGAGAGUUGGUAACACGAACAAGUGAGUCACUGGGACCAAACAGGCAGGUAAAAUAAAGUCUCCAACCUGCCACAUUUACACAAAUACAAUCAGUUUUUUUUCUGCAAAGUCUCAAUAUUUACAAGAAAGCUUGUCACUGCCCACAAGAGAAAUGACACUAAUGAAACCGACAGGUGUAAUUCCAUUAUGGCACAAUUGACUUGGCACAAAAAUAUGAUGCACUUAUUUUCGCAGGGCCCCCACAAUCCAAGAGGGCCCUGUUUUUCAUGAAAAAGGCCUGUCUAAAGUCGCAAUCAGUAUAAGACAGAGCGCUUCAUAUGAAAUGUUACCGGAAACAUAGCCUCUUCCUGCUCUGUCAUUGAAAAUAAUAUGAUGUCAAAUUUAAUCAGUUGUCUUCUGUGGCGCAUAGUUUUAGUGCUGUCAGGAUUGUACAACUUUAUGAUAAAUGUGUUGGUUGUGCUAACCAUUUGUUUGCCAUGAAUUUGUACACAAAUUAAAUUCCAGUUUGAUUUUAAAAAAUAAGAAAUAAAAAAAGUGUGAACAAAAUAAAAUUAAUGUAUCCUUCGGGCCUCAGUUUAGCUUGUCAAGAAUAGUUACUGGUAUCUGAGGCAGGCCUUUAUGUUUACUCCUUGGCAAGGAAUUAACGUUCACAACAGACCUAACUUGUACAUCCUCAGCACAACACUACGAAUAUUUGAUGGAAAAAAAAAAUAUAUGACUUUUGGUACACACCAGCACAAAAAAGAGCAAAUGUUUACAACAUCCAGGGAUUGUGGACUUAUGUGCAUCACCUAAAGGUUACUACUUUAAGUUCUGAUGGGACUCAGAUUGGAGUAUAAAGUUAGCACCAUUUGGCUGCCGGCUGGUAUUUUUAACAAGCACAAACACAGACGGAUUACGGAUAUUUAUACUCAGCUUUUGGAAGAGUCUGGUUUCGCCACGUGUACAAAAGCAAACAUUGCCUAUUUUCAGCCGCCAGAGCUCAAGACUGUUUCUACAAACCCUAGAUGCUGCAGCUGUGCGCUCAUAUCCAAGGAUCUACUCAUAGCGCAGGGAACACAUUCACUUGACUAUAACAAUAAAAUUAAUAAUAAUAAUAAUAAAACACACUCCUUUAGUACAAACUACGACGCAAAUGGACCAGUCCGUAUGAGUGAUUCCUGUGUCUUCGUAUCCUUGUCUCUUCACUUGUGUUUGACGACGACUUGGCCUUGACGAUGUUUGCGUGGGCGAGAAUAGAACAUAAAGGUGGAGUGCAGCUCUCAAAGCGCGCACUCGGUCCUCGUAACUAAGUGACACGCGCGCGGUCAUUUAUCGAAGAGCACGGCCCUGGCCAUCAGGACCAUGGACAGCAUCAUGAUGAGAGUUCCAACUCACUAUUUUUAAAAAGCAUGAGUAAAAUGAAACAAAACUUGUUUUUUUUUGUUUUUUUGCACCACUAUCUUAAAAAAAAGCAUGAUAUUUGAAGUGCCUCCUUGCACUUUUGUGUAUAUAUUGUAGUCAACAGUAUUUUGUUGUUAUUUGAUUUCAUCUCUUUGUCCCCUUCUGGGGAUUGUUGAAAUGGUAUAUAGACUAUAGUUACAUUUUAAAUGUAAUCCUCUAGGAAAAAAAUGUAUCAUCUACUGUAUGUCCCAAGUAGAAUUAGCUUAGACAAACUGCAGGAAAUUGUGUAUUAAAUUGCUUGUUUGCUCUUUUUUUUUUGUAUUCUCUAAUAAUGGUUAACUAGCUGCUUUCAGUAAUGCGGACGUUGUACCGAUCCGUUGUGGUGAAGAAGGAGCUGAGCCGGAAGGCAAAGCUCUCAAUUUACCGGUCGAUCUACGUUCCCACCCUCACCUAUGGU